ACACACGUUUUUGUUCUCAUUCAAAAUCGUCCUUGUUUCACCAUCGCCAAAGAGCGCACGUGGGACUGUGUGAUGAGCAGAUCUGGUUGGGCAGCAUAGCAUUGCGGGAACAGUUGCGAGACUCGUGUAUCAAUAUUCGAAAAGUAAACAACGAUUAGCAGUAUAAAAGCGCCAGAUGGAUACGGAUGUAGUCUUAUUAGUACGACUUCCUUAACCUAAGGAAACAAGAGUUCAGAAAUAGCUUGGGUUACCCGCUAGACACCGCGUCCUUUUCGCUAUAUCGUCUGCUUUCGGAUCAGUCGAGCAAUCCGGUCGAUUUAGCGCUGGAUUUUCACAUUUUUUCCUCUCCGUAUCUUGCAGAAUAACUUUAUUUCAGCCAUGGAGGGAGUUACUAUGGGUAAUCUAAUGGAUAUCUUUGUGUGUACCAGUGUCGCGAUUAAUUUUUCAGUGUUUUGCUACUUUUUCAUCUUCGCUCUAGCGGAUUUAUUCGUGAAAACCUGCCACUCGCCAACAUCUCGAAUGUACUUGGCCCAUAAACAUUGCACGGAGUUCAUGCGGAAUUUUUACCUUGAGAGUGUCUUCUAUUCUGCCCAAGGUAUUGCAGCCAUCAUCAUAACAUUGAUCUGUCACGAGAAGGUUCUUUCCUUCGAGACCCAGUUACCUCGUCCCGCCCAAUUCCUCCUCGCCGCAUCCUUGGGAUUCCAUGUCGUGGCCUUCUUCAGAGUGACAUUUCUCGGAAAUAGCUGCAUCGUGAAAUACACCAUCAUGUUGAUGCAGUUCAUGGUGAUCCUGACAAUUGUGGCAGUUCUUAUUACCAAGGAGGAUGCUCCGAUGGGCAUGAUCUUGCUGGUGAGCGAGACGGACAUGCUGUUUGCUAACGUUGGAAAGCUUCACAAGGUCAUUCGUCUCAAGGGCACCAGGAGGUACCGUGUCAUCAUAUACGUUGGAGCCUUUGCGACCGUCCUGUCCCGAGCUCUCAUUCCUCUUGGAUACCUUGCAAUGGCUCUUCUGGAGGGAAGUCCCUUGAAGAUGUCAAUCUCAGCGACGACGGUGUUCUUCGUCGGGCUUGUCGCAUGUGGAGCCAUCAAUACAUGGAGGAUCAAUUCAGCUAUAGCUCGCAUUUGCCGGAAGGAAGAGAGGAUCAUCGAGGUGGUUCCUUACGCCAGCAUGUCCGACGAGCGGGGAAACAGCUCAGGACCUAAACCAGACGAAAUGGCUUCGUCCAUCAGUUCCAACAUCGAAAUGCCACCAUCCUACAACGAGGUCUUUGCUGCUGAAGAUGCCACCGCGACUGCUGCUCCGGCUGCCUCAGAAGACCUAACUGCCUCGGGUCUCACAUUUACAAAUCCAAUGGCAGAUGGCUUUAUAAAUGAUACCCUAAUACAUGUUGCUCUAGCUGCAGGAAACAGUGAUACCUCAGACAUGACGACCUUUUCAACUUACGGUUUAAGUGCUUCAGACUUUGACAGGCAAAGAGAUUCGGUCAUGACCACAGACACUGAACUAAGCUCUCUAGCAUGAACAAUGUGUGAAAAAGCCCAUUAUUUAUUUAUUGUUGUAUCGUGAAAGAGGAGUACGCAUUAGAAGGAACUAUCUUGCAAUAUUUGACCAGCAUGGGAAAUUCGCUUUCUGACUACGAAAGUUAUGAAUAUGUUCAUUUCGUACUGCUAGCUGUGGGAGAUUUGAAGAGUAUCAUCAUGGAUCAUGCAAACGCAUGAAUGUUUAACGGAAAUACGGUAUUGACUGGAUACAGGAUCAAUCGUUUCAAUCUUUUCUUACAAAUCUUUCAAUAUAAACCAGUACUGAAAUGUGUAGCUUUUUUAUUAUUAGACGAAUCUUUCCUGACCCAGCUUUAAUGCUUUCAGUUUGUCGGUUUCAAAUAACCUAUAAUCAGAUUUAUAAUUUGAUUUGAUUUCAACAGAUUGGAUCUUAUUUGUCAAACCUGCUCCGGUUUAGACCAUGGCUACUGAAGACAUGCGCACAAAAGACAAACAAAGUGAUAGAAUUAGAAAUUAAGGCAAUGUUAUCAAGAGCUAACAGAUGAAAGCUACAAAGCUUUAUCACACCGAACGAAGCGUUUCAGGGAAAACAUGAUGGAUACUGUGUAAAACAUAAUAACGUGUCAAGAUAGAAUUUCUUGGAGAAUUUCUUGAGAAUUCUUGAAUAUUCAUCAAUAAGAAAGGACAUCUAAGUGGAGCUAAAAACAGGAUAACUGAAAUGUUGCUGCCCCCUAUGAAGUAUGCAAACAUAGCAAAUGAAACUAGGUAUAAUAUACAUGUAUAUCUCUUUCCCUCUAGAAAUCACACAGUGCCUUACAUUGUGUUUACAUAGUUUAGGAUGAUUUCACACUGUGCUCCACAAUGUGAACACACUGUGUAACAUGUGAAACAUACCGUGUUCCACACUGAACACACAAUUCUCCACACUGUUAACACACGGGAGAACACACUGUGGAACAUACUGUGGAAUACACUGUGAAGCACACUGUUUGACAAAACUGUGGAACAUACUGUGGAAUACUCUGUGGAACACUGAAACACACUGUGAACAUGCUAUGAACAUACUGUGCUCCACACUGUGAACAUACUGUGCUCCACAUUAACAUACUGUGGUCCACACUAUGAGCACAUUGUUCUACACACUGUGAACACACGGGAGAACACACCGUGGAACAUACUGUGAAAUACACUGUGGAGCACACUGUGUGACAAACUGUGGAAUACUCUGUAGAAAAUACCGUUAGAUACACUGUGGAACACUGAAACACACUGUGAACAUAUUGGGGAACACGCUGUGUAACAUACUAUCAUCCACUGUGAAUAUUAUGUGCUCCACACUGUGAACAUACUGUGCUCAACACUGAACAUACUAUGCUCCACACUGCGUACACACUGUGUAACAUACUGUUCACCACACUGUGUAACAUGCUGUGUUCCACAAUGUGAACAUAUUCUGCUCCACACUGUGAACACACUGUGGAAUUUACUGAGGGAUACUGUAUUCUCUCCAGCAGGUAUUUGGAUUCUAAUAAUAGAAUCAAAUUAUGUUUUACUAAACAUGAAAGGAUUGUUAUUGUAUCAUUAUUAUUAACAAACAUAAUUAUGCAAUGUAUUAUAUUAAGCACUUGUAUCUCUUCUACUCUGAAAAAUUGAUACGAGAACUGAGGCUGGCCUUAAAACAAAUGUACUAUAAGAAGAUCACCAAACCUUUCAAUUUCUGAAUGGCGGAAUCUCUAUUGUAUUGUUUAUAUAUGUUUAUUAUGUAGCACGAUUUCGGUUUUAGUAUGCUUUUAGUGUAACUUGCAUGGUGAUUACAAUGCAAUUUCUGUUUGAUAACCUCAUUGUAUGAGGAGAUCAACCGUCAUUAUUUGGGAAAUAUAUGUGACUUUUUCAAGAAAAGUAGUGAAUUUUAGAAAGAGGAGCAGUCGCCCCUGGCGCCAAUAUCAGAAGGUGUAAUGAUGAAAAGCAAAAUCUUUUUUUUUUUUGUAAUCCAAUUGAAAUACAUAAUUAUCAGAUAUAUUCAAAUUAAAAAGAAACAUGGAGUAUGUGUGUAUCACCGGCUCCCUAGUAACGAGCCUGGGAACCGCUCCAUCGAAAAUUUUGUCUGAUAAUUUAUCAGGUCUGUCAGCUUUCUUUGGUUUUGAUUGGUUAAGAAGCAUGGUUCCUAUGGUUACUGUCGGAUAAAAAUGUCUGACAAGAAAUUUCAUAAGACGCUUUCCCAUGACUGCAGGAUUGCGUAUACUGUUUUGUAAAAAAUAAAAAGAAUAUAGGCGAAUCAUAAAAUAUCAAUUUGUUUAAUGUUAUUUGACUUCCGAUUUACAUGCAUAUUUUAUUGGAUUUUUCAGUGUUACACUUGUUGGUUUUUCAUUCAAAUUAUGUCUGUGUUACUGUGUAGGCUUCACCUUUCAGUUUUACAUCAUAGGAAUCGACUAAAAACUUAUUGUAUUCUUCUUUUCUUAACUUGUUGAAGUUUCUCUUUCAGUUUAUUUACCAUUUUAUCAUUCGUUGGUAUAACGAAUUCAUUACCUUUUCCAGAUGAUAUGUUUUAAUACGCCAUUUAUAUUUUUCCUGAUAAUUAUUUAAGAUGCAGUUUCUUGCUUUUGCUAUUUAAGGUCUUCAUUCAUUUUAUUAACAGUUUUCUCAAUAUUACGUUAGGUAUUUAAAACUCAAUCUAUCUUACUCAGAUAGAAUAUUCCACCGAAAAUUUUAUCAAAUUGUUUUCAAUUUUCAUAUACAGUUUAUACUAUGAAGGUAUUUCCUUUUUUAUUUCUUUGUACCAUUUUAGAACAGAUAAGAGAUUCAGUAUCAUUGGAGCGAGAAUCCUUUUGUAUGAAAAGUUCCUGUAGAGGAUUCUGUAUAAUUUAUUUUAACUGUUCUCUUCAUUCUGUCGGAAAUGAUAUACAUGCAUGCACCAAACAUCACUAAAAACAGCAAUCAGAAGAUAUGCCCUUAUACUUUCUCUUAAUCCCUCCCACAUCCUUCCUCCACCCCCAUCUCCCCCUCAAGAUAUGUCCAUCUAUCUAUUUCUCUAUCUGUCCCCCUUUCAUAUAUGUGUAUAUACACGGUCGACAGCCCUCUUUAACAAGCAAGCAUCUUACCCUCCCCCUCCACCACCACAUAUUCAGAUCUUUGCCAUGUUUGCCUUCAAGUUUAUUACACUUAUGAUGUUUGAUAAUAAAAUUGAUUGAAACAUA